AUGCAGCUGGUGAAGGCCCGGCUGGAGCCCGGGCCUCAGGAGGCCCAUGCCCGCCCUCAGCACCUGCGGGCCUUCCGGGACAUCAUCCUGACCGAGGUCAGGCAGGCCCACAAGGACCUCCAGCACUUGCUCCACGACCCGGCCUUCAGCCCCGAGGCCAACCGGGAGCUGUACCAGCACCUCGUGAACUACCUGGGCCUGGUCUCCCAGCAUCUCUUCCGCCACUACUUGGGCCUGGUGGAGUGCUGCCGGCUGCGGGGCGUCUUCACCAACUGUGCCAACCUCAUCCGCUUCUCGGCUCAGCUGGCCCUGGACUGCUCCAAGUUCCUCAACGUGGCGGCGGUGCGGCACCGCCUGGUGUGGGAGAUGAAGAGGCUGGCGGACCGCCCGCCCGAGUCCCCCACCAGCUUCUCCAGCCCCUUUGGCCCCAUGACCACCCAGUCCCUGGGCAACCGCCUGGGCAUCACCAUCUCUUACUUCAUCCGAUACAUCCGGCCCCGGACGCUGACGGAGAAGGAAAAGAUCAUCCAGGACGUGAAAGAGCUGGAGGAGUUACCCUUGCUGGACAUGAGCAAAAUAAAGAAGCUGAAUCUACCCGCCGCCAGGAAACUGGACUUCCGGCAGCAAAUGACCGGUGGGGCGGCCGUCGCCACCCCUUAUCCCCGCAGUGCCUCGCGCAACUGGUCUAGGCCUCGGGUUAGCCCAGUGACUGCUGUCUUGCGCAAGUGCCAGUCUCUGCCCAAUAUGAGGGUAGGGAAGCUUUUAGCCGAUGAACUUGGCAUCCAUUUGAUCCUUCGCAAGACCAGCCCUUCUCUGCUUUGUCGCUGUCCCGCAUCCCCGGAAGAGGACGAACUUAAGGGCCCUGCGUUCCUGGCUGAAGACCUUCAAAGGCUGGUCCGGGGCUCCGUCUUGGAAAAGAGUCCGUGGAAAGGCGAGCCAGACGAUUUAGAUCUCCCUCCCCUCAUUAAGGCUUUGAUGUGGAGCAAAGCCAACGAGACUCGCCAGCUGCACUUGCAGAGGAUGCUCAAGUCCCUGCAGCAGGAGGAGCGUGUCGAGAGGCAGCGGAGAAACACCAUCAUCGCGGCCCCAGCCGCUCAUCCUCAGGCGGCGACAGUGAAUGUCAGAAUCCACGACAGGAUGGUGGUAAAGACGGCUGACCUGCUGGUGUCUGAAAGACACUAUUUGGAAAAUGUCACCAUGAACAGGUCUUUACCCAUCUACAAUCACCUUCUGGGCGAGAUCAGUCCCGCUACCGUGAAGUUACUGGACGCAAACCUCUCCACUGGGGAAGAGGUCCAGGAGAUCUACAAGAAGCUGAUGGACACGAUUCCUAAAGACUACCUGAAGUUUGACCAAGGGCCUUUGAUAGAGUGUCCUGCAAUUACCCUGCCCCAUCCGUCCUGCUUUGCGUCCUCCACGCUGACUAAGAAAAAAAGCGAGCAGAUCGUUAACACAGAGCUGAGUCAAAUUCUCCCAGCUGGCCCAUUCAUUCCAGAGGAAGUGGUAGAGAUACCCCAAGGCCCAAACACCUCCAAGAAGUUAGCUUCCAAAGAAUACGCAUCGUGGCUCAAAUGGUGGAAAGCCACCUUUAACAUCGACGAGUACUUGAAAUACAUCAGUAACAACACUGCUGACUAUUUGCCGGUCAUAUUCCAUUUGUACAACCCCGAGGAAGAAGAUAAGGACGUGAAGGAGAGAGACCUGCAGGCUAUGCUAAACGAGGAUGAAGUGAAGAAGCAGAAAGUGAAGAGGAAACAGCUAAAAGCUGCGGAGCUUCAGUCUCAGAAAGAACUCUUCCACACCGGAUUAUGGAAUGUCAGCAGCACCUGGUUGGAGGGCCUGGGAAAUUUCCCUACUUACGACCAUAAGUUUGAAGAUCUCAGCGUCCUGCAGAGGAGACUGGCCAGACUAUGGACCGUCCUUCAUUUCUCUGAGCGGGAAAGGCUAGAUAUGGCCAUUAAGUACAGCUCCAACCAGUAUUACUUACUGCUUCCAGACAUGCUGAAUUCUUGGGAAAUAGCUGCCCAGUUCAUCCAGGAUAGAGAACUCCUGCUGGCUGAAAUAGAAGAGUUUGAGCAGACUGCUUCGGAUCCUAACCGCCUGAUGAGCAAGGAGAUGGGCUCCUUUGCUACAAGAAUACAAGAGACGAACGUCAGAAGCCACUUGCGCUCCGAGUUGGAGCAGUACAACUCUGAACUUCGAGGGAUUCUGAAACACAUCAAAGAUGCCUUCAACGAUACGGUGACUUUCAAGGGUCGCCCGUACCAAGAUAAAAUGGAGAGGGAUGUAGUGGAGAUGCUUUAUUGGCUGCAGCAGGAGCGUCGGGCCAUCGUUUUGAGGAAAGCAGUCCAGAAAAGGAGCUGGAGGAAACUUUCUCCUCUUUUUUAG